AACAAUUGCAGUUUUAGGCGUAAUGUGACUCGAAAAUUAAUUCAAUAUGAAAUCAUGGUAUAAUGAGCCAAUUUAAACGAUUUAAAUCCUGUCGUUAAAAAUUGACAGCAGUUCACGCUGUCAAUCAAAGGGUGAACAGGUUGCGUAUAAAAGUAAAAGCUCCUGCGAGGGUGCAAACAUUCAAAAUGAAAGCCUUAUUGUGUCCGUUAAUUUUAAUCCUUGCAACACGCGAGGUAAGCUUGCAAAUGAGUGGUUUAGUAUUAACCAACUUUGUUACAAACUUGGUCAAAUCAAAAAAUGCAAUUAUUUUUUCAUGUUUUAUUGGAGACUCGCGAGAUACUACUCAGGCCCUGAUGGAAAUAGACCAGUUUGUUAGUUUUGUCCAUUUGGACCAAAACUAUUCGUUGUCAUCCAUAUUGACCCGGGAAAAUUAUGCUCGAACAUCCGUUUUCGUGAAUGCUCAAUGUAAUGGUACUUCUAAACUCGUUUCGGAAGCCUCAGAACAAAGAUACUUUAACAAGACCUAUCAAUGGCUUCUCUGGGGUGUCGACAUCGACAUUGAUUCCUUGUUUCCUUUGGAUAUUAACUACGUGGGACCAAACGCCCAGAUAACCUAUGUUAAUAAAUCAGAAAAUGGCUACGCAUAUUGGGAUAUUCAUUCAAAAGGAAGGCAUUUGCGAGCUAGCCUUGAAAUUAAUUUAAUAGCUACAUUAAUUAAUGGAAGAAUCAAUAUAGUACGCAAUAUUUUUCAGCUGCAGAGUAUUGAGUCUCGUGGGCAGUUUAAUGGUCUAACCCUUAGAGGAGCUAGCGUGAUAGAUAAAGACGAUAUAUACACAAAUGAACAAAUUGAAUCUAUACUUUCCCGGCCAACAAAAGAUUCUGGUGUUGCCGCCUUCAUUAAAUAUCACUACGAACUUCUAGGACUUUUAAGGGAACGUUUCAAUUUCUCUGUAAAUUUCCGAAAUUCAAGAGGUUGGGCUGGACGAUUGGGAAACACUACUUUUCGGCUUGGUCUCCUGGGUAUCAUUAUGAGAAAUGAAGCAGACAUCGCCGCAUCUGGAGCCUUUAAUCGAAUAAACAGAUUUGCAGAGUUUGAUAUUAUUCACCAAAGUUGGAAAUUUGAGACUGCGUUUCUGUACCGCUAUACUUCUGAUUUGGAUACCCAUGGAGGAAGCGGAAACUUUUUAUCUCCGUUUAGUGACAAAGUGUGGUUUUUCUGUUUGUUAACCCUGGCUAUUUUCAGCGUUAUUUGGAUAAUUUUCGAAAUAAUAGAUGGUUUUUUCCUGCAUAGAGGAGAUAAUCUUAAAGCCUUAUCUACUAAACAAGCUACUAACAAAAUUGAAUCUAAAAUCAAAACAACUUGUAUUGAAAGAGUUCUUCAGACUUUUGGGGCUGUUUGCCAGCAAGGCUUGGACCCCAUUCCUAAAGAUCGUUCUGUACGGUUCCUCGUGAUGACAUUAUUUCUAUUUUCCCUUGUUAUGUACAACUAUUAUACCUCUUCGGUUGUGGGUGGAUUGUUAAGUUCAUCCGACCAGGGGCCAUCCACUGUGGACGAGAUAACUUCAAGUCCCUUAAAGAUAUCCUUUGAGGACAUUGGCUACUAUAAGGUUUUAUUCAGAGAAAGUAAAAACGCAUCUAUAACGAGAUUGAUAGAAAAGAAACUAUCUUCUUCCCGAUCUUCAAGUGAAUUGGCCAUUUUUUCACACAUCGAAGAAGCUGUUCCAUUUUUGAAAGCCGGUGGUUUCGCUUUUCAUUGUGAAGUUGUGGACGCUUAUCCUGUGAUUGCAGAAUUUUUCGAUGCCAAUGAGAUUUGUGAUCUGCGUGAAGUUUCUGGUCUGAUGGAAGUGGAAAUAAUGAACUGGAUUUUACACAAGAACAGCCAGUAUACUGAAAUUUUUCGAACAGCCAUGUGCAAUGCCCAUGAAAAAGGCUUUGUGGAGCGCAUUCUGAGGCGAAGACAAAUGAAGAAACCAGCCUGUCAGUCAUUAUAUACCGUAUAUCCAGUAAGUCUAUCGGGAGUUUCAUCAGCCUUCAUUAUUCUUAUUUGUGGAUGCAUUAUGUCAUUGAUCUUUUUAGGUUUAGAGAUUUUAUAUGUUAAAUUUGAAAUUAAAAAGGUAUUUAAUAAAAUAUAAACGGCAGCGAGACAAAAAA